AUGAGAAUCCUCCUCAUCAUUUUCUGCUUAUUCUCUCCAAUUAUGGCGUAUCGUUUCCUUUUCGCCGCCGAUGUCGACUGUGAAUACGACAACGUCUUCCAGUACACCGCUUCUUAUUGGGAUGGAGACAAGCAAAUUUCGAAGAAUCGUACUGUCACAGCCUUCAAGAAUAUCUUCUUCUAUCAAGAGGGAGCUACUUACAGAAUCAACAACACUAAAGACGUGUACGCUGAUAUCGAGCACAACUGUACAAAAUCUGGAGAAAUGGAUUCUUUUGUGAUACCGUUCGAGGAAGUUCGAAGAGACAGAGCCGUUCAACGAUUCGACUACUACGUUAAUUUGAGUGAAGAUGAUUGA